AUGGGAAACAAAAAGUCAAGCGAAAAUUCACAAAAACCUUUCGAAGUCCAAAUAGGAGUUAGGUUAUCUGCAUCUAUAAAAGAGUUACUUAAAGAAGUACCCUAAGAUGUACACCCCAUAAAAAAAUAAAUAUAUAAAGAAGCUCUUUCAAGGCUUAACUAAUAAGAUAAAGAAUAGAUCAUGAUUUAUAUAAAAUGCAAUUAAAACACUGUGAUAUCUCAAGUUUUAUAUAAUGAAAUUAAAAUAUAAAUGAUGGAUGGACCAUAUAAUUACAAAUCUGAUUUCAAUUCUUAAUAGUAACCCACAAAAAGUUGGUAUGUAAACUUUUCUGACAAAAACCUCUUUGGUUUUUAUCAUACUCCUCUAUUUGCGUAAGAUGAAGUUUAAUGCUGCUAAUUUCCUCUACUUCCUUACAUUAAAUAAUAUAUUCAAGCUUAUUCUAAAUAAGAAGAAGGUUAUUUUCCUGUUACUAGAGUAGGAAUGAACUCCUAUCCUAUUUUAGUAUUAAAUUGCUAAUAUUUAUGCUAUGUAGAUCUCUUAAAAAAAAAUAAAAACUACCCGUACGGAAUUUAUGGCAAUAACUUUGAAAAAUUGAAAAAAGAAGAUGUUAAUGAAUUUUUUAGUUUCCCAAAAUUGGAAGAAACUAAAAACCUAAUCAAUCUAAUUUGCAUGUCAGCCUUAUCAAUUUUUAGUUAAAAGGGUUAAUCUAGAGAAUAUACAGAAGCUGAAAUUGUAUAUACAUUUGAAACAGUUUAUAGAGCAUUUUAUUCAGCUGUUUAAGAAUCAAAAAGUAACAAUUAAAAUGUAUAUGUAGUAAUAAACACAGGAAAUUGGGGAAGUGGCGCAUUUGGUAACAAUUUAGUAUUUACUGUAUUAGUUUAGUUAGCUGCAGCUCAUUUGGCUAAAGUAAAUUGCCUUAAUUAUUAUCCAUUUGAUGAUUAAGGAAAAUAUGGUUAUCAGGAAGGUUAUAAAUUGUUCCAAAUCUUUAUAAAACAAAUGCAAUAAAACCAAGUUGAACUUUCUUUACAGUUCUAAUUAAACUUUAUUUAAUUUUGCAUAAAUUAAAAAUUUACUUGGGGUAGUUCAAAUGGAUUUUGA